CGCGCUGCCUCACUGAUGUCUGUGAUUCACAAAAUUAGAGAUGGAGAAAAGAAAAGAGGAAUAACUAUCUGGAUGUCAAAUUAGAGAUUUUGUUUUACCAAAAAUCUGCAGUUUUUCUUCUUCCAGCACCUGGUGGAGGAAACACCUGAGGGAAUCAGAGUUUUCUUUAAGCCUGGAUCAUGUGGGAGUUCAUGUUGUUCGAGGAGAGUCCCGUUGGGGAUGCUGAGAAUUGUCUCCUUGUUUCACUCAAAGUUGGGAGAAAACAAUCAUCUUGACAUCACCUCAGCCUGUGCUUGAUCAUAAAUAUUGCUCCAUCACCUUUCUGUGACAGCUUCACACUUAUUUAAAGCAGAGAAGAGAGGAUGAUGUCAACUCUCCAUCUCCUGCGCUUGACAGCCGAGCAAAUUCAAUUGGACUGACUCCGCCUCGCGCGCACGGGACCUGUCCAAAGGUUCCUCAUACCGCAGCGCGCCCGUCUGCAUGGCCGGUGCGCUCUAGCGGAGUCUCUCCCUCCGGUCACUCACCCCCAUCAUCAGUGAGAGGAGGUCUGACGCACAGGACCAGCGGCAGCAGCGGCAGCCAGGACUCUUCCCGGCAGUGUUUGGCCAGCAGCGAGCAACAUGUCCCCUGCGUGGAGACGGGGAAUCCGCACCUGGGGCUCCACGGAACCACGGUGGACCAUGCGCGGAGCCGGGCUGGUCGGACAGGUGCGGGUGUCCUGUUGGAUUCUGCUCUUGUCGACUUGUAUGCCCAGCACUCAGACUCAAGAUGACGUCCCCCCUUAUUUUAAGAUGGAGCCCCCCCAGACGCAGGUCCAUCUGGAGGGAAACCGCCUGGUCCUCACCUGCAUGGCUGAAGGCAGCUGGCCCCUGGAAUUCAAAUGGAUCUACAACGGCACCGAGCUGACACGUUUCUCAUUGGAAUACAGGUACCUGAUCCCCUCGUUGGACAAAUUGCAUGCCGGCCACUACCGCUGCAUUGUGAGGAACCGAGUUGGUGCUAUAAUGCAGUGCAGCACAGAAGUGCAGGUUGCCUAUAUGAAUGGUUUUGUGGAGGGGGAGAGGUCUCAAACAGUGUCCCAAGGCGAAGGCGCUCUCAUCCACACGCCACGCAUACACAGCUUCCCCAAGCCCCAGAUCACCUGGUUCAGAGAUGGACGCAAGAUUCCCUCGAGCAGUCGCAUUGCCAUCACUCUGGACAACACGCUGGUCAUUCUGUCCACCGUGGCCCCAGAUGCAGGACGCUACUACGCCCAGGCAGUGAACGACAAGAAUGGAGAGAAUAAAACCAGUCAGCCCAUCACUCUCACCGUGGAGAACGUGGGAGGGCCUGCAGACCCGAUCGCCCCCUCCAUUAUCAUCCCCCCGAAGAACACUAGUGUAACAGUGGGGAGAAACGAAGCCAUCAUGGAGUGUGUUGCCAACGCAAGACCUCUUGUCAAAAUGAGUAUAACUUGGAGGAAAGACGGAGUUGCGGUCAGCACAGGUAUUCGAGAUUUUGGCCGCAGGCUGGUCAUCAGUCUGCCUGCAGUCAGGGACAGUGGCUACUAUGAGUGUGAGGCAUCUCUGCGCAGCAGUAGCGUCCCCUCAGUCACUGCGGGGGCCUAUCUUCAUGUUCUUGAAUAUCCUCUCUUCAUAAAAGAGCCACCAAGUCACAUCACGGCAGAAAUGGAGAAGGUGGUGGAUAUCCCUUGUCAGGCACGAGGAACGCCACAGCCAGAAAUAGUGUGGUAUAAAGACGCAGUGCCCAUCAGCCCGGUAAAGAUUCCCCGGUACAGGGUGCUGGUGGGAGGCAGCCUGCAGAUCAACGGCCUCUUGCCAGAUGACACGGGGAUGUUUCAGUGCUUUGCCCGCAAUCUUGCUGGAGAGAUCCAGACAAAUACCUACCUAGCUGUUACAAGUAUUGCUCCUAACAUCACGGCCGGCCCCUCUGACAGCGCUGUGAUUGACGGUAUGUCAGUCAUUCUGCAUUGUGAGACUGCAGGAGCCCCGCGGCCAGCCAUCACCUGGCAGAAAGGUGAACGAGUCUUGGCAAGCGGUUCAGUCCAGCAGCCCAGAUUCACCUUGUUGGAGUCUGGUAGCUUGCUCAUAAGCCCCUCCCACCUGUCUGAUGCUGGCACAUACACCUGCAUGGCCAGUAACUCCAGGGGCAUUGAUGAGGCUUCAGCCGAUCUGGUCGUGUGGGCUCGCACACGCAUCACUAAGCCGCCACAAGACCAGAGCGUCAUCAAGGGGACUAAAGCUGUCAUGACCUGUGGGGUGACCCAUGAUCCCAGUGUCACAGUGAGGCAUGUGUGGGAGAAGAGUGGCUCAGUGAUUGACGUGAACACAUCGCCUCGUCUGCGGCUGGAUCCCGACGGGACCCUACACAUCUCCCAGACGUGGUCGGGCGACAUUGGAACAUAUACCUGCAGGGUGACAUCGGUGGGCGGCAAUGAUUCCCGCAGUGCUCACCUCCGAGUCAGACAGCUGCCCCAUGCUCCAGAGAACCCCAUAGCAGUUCUAAGCACCAUAGAGAAGAGAGCCAUCAACCUCACAUGGGCUCAAGCAUUUGAUGGCAACAGUCCCUUGAUCCACUACAUCCUGGAGGUUUCAGAAAACAAUGCUCCUUGGACAGUCCUUCUAGCCAACAUUGAGCCUGAAUCGACCGGGGUCACAGUCAGCGGUCUCAUCCCAGCUCGUUCAUACCAGUUUCGCCUGUGUGCCGUCAAUGAUGUAGGCAGAGGCCAGUUCAGCAAAGAGACUGAUCGACUAACUCUCCCUGAGGAGCCCCCCAGUGCACCCCCCCAGACAGUCAUCGCGAGUGGCCGCACCAAUCAGUCCAUCAUGAUCCAAUGGCAGCCACCUCCAGAGAGCCACCAGAACGGCCCUCUCCAGGGCUACAUCAUCAGGUACUGUCUGUCAGGGCUUCCAGUCGACUGUCAGAUCAAAAACAUCACCAACCCUGACCAGACCAACCUGCUUCUGGAGGACCUCAUCAUCUGGACCAACUAUGAGAUUGAGGUGGGAGCCUACAAUGGAGCCGGCAGAGGCACCUACAGCCACAAGGUCACAGAGUGGACUCUCCAAGGGGUGCCCACUGUGCCACCAGGAAAUGUAAAAGCUGAAGCUGUCAACUCCACCACAGUGCGUUUUACCUGGAGUGCCCCAAGCCCCCAGUUUAUCAAUGGAAUCAACCAGGGAUACAAGCUUUUGGCGUGGGAACCUGGCCGCUCGAAUGAGGUCACGGUUGUCACGGUGCGGCCCAACUUCCAGGACAGUGUUCAUGUUGGUCACAUCUCUGGACUAAAGAAGUACACAGAGUACUUCACGUCUGUAUUAUGCUUCACAACGCCUGGAGAUGGGCCCCGCAGUCCACCUCAGCGCUUACGCACCCAUGAAGAUACCCCUGGUGCCGUGGGUCACCUCAGCUUCACAGACAUUCUGGACACGUCACUGAAAGUCAGCUGGAAGGAGCCCCAGGAGAAAAAUGGCAUUCUCACAGGUUUCCGCAUCUCCUGGGAGGAGUUUAACAGGACCAAUACCAGGGUGACCCAUUAUUUGCCCAACGUGACACAGGAGUACAAGGUGACAGGGCUCACUGCGCUUACUACCUACACUAUUCAGGUUGCAGCCAUGACCUCCAAAGGACAGGGUCAGCUAUCUGCUUCCACCAUAUCCUCAGGUGUUCCACCAGAGCUGCCUGGUCCUCCCACCAACUUAGGUAUUUCUAACAUCGGCCCCCGCUCCAUCACCCUGCAGUUCAAACCUGGCUAUGAUGGCAAAACCUCCAUUUCUCGCUGGCUGGUUGAAGCUCAAAUUGGCAUAAUUGGAGAGAAUGAAGAGUGGUUGGUGGUUCACCAGCUGGUUAAUGAACCUGAUGCACGGUCACUGGAGGUCCUGGAUUUAAACCCUUACACUUUCUACAGGUUCAGAAUGCGGCAGGUGAAUAUUGUAGGCUCCAGUCUGCCCAGCCAGCCCUCCAGGAAGAUCCAGACCCUGCAGGCCCCCCCAGACAUUUCCCCUGCAAAUGUCACUCUGCGCACUGCCAGUGAGACCAGCUUGUGGCUCCGCUGGGUGCCACUUCCAGAGUGGGAGUACAAUGGCAACCCAGAUCACGUUGGCUACCGCAUCCAGUACUGCAAAGCGGGAUCUAAAGGAGGAGUUCUCUUCCAUGUAAUCAUGGACCGGCUGGAGAGGGAGUUCACCAUAGAGGACUUGGAAGAGUGGACAGAGUAUGAGGUCCGUGUCCAGGCCGUCAAUGGAAUUGGCUCUGGACCCUGGAGCCAGGCAGUCCAUGGCAGGACCAGGGAGUCUGUGCCAUCCAGUGGUCCCACAAAUGUGUCAGCAUUUGCCACCACCUCCAGCAGCAUUCUGGUGCGCUGGGGGGAGGUCCCAGCGGCUGAUCGUAAUGGACUUAUUCUGGGCUAUAAGGUUGUGUAUAAGGAGAAGGACUCAGACAGUGCUCCCAGCUUCUGGGCAGUAGAGGGUAAUACCAGCCACAGCGUCCAGCUGACCAGUCUGGGGAAGUACAUCCUCUACGAGAUCCAGGUUCUCGCUUUUACUCGUAUAGGAGACGGAAAGACCAGCUUGCCGCCAAUUCUAGAAAGGACCCUGGAUGAUGUGCCAGGGCCUCCUGUCGGCAUCUUGUUCCCAGAAGUCAGAACCAACUCAGUGAGGUUGAUCUGGCAACCUCCUGCUCAGCCCAAUGGGAUUAUACUGGCAUAUCAGAUCAUCUUCCGGAGAAACUCCUCAAACAGCAACGCAGCUACUGUGGACGUGUUGAGCCCCAGCACGCGGCAGUACACUGCUACCGGACUGAAACCAGAAAUGGUUUAUGUGUUCCGUUUGACGGCUCAGACCCGGAAAGGCUGGGGGGAGGCUGCUGAGGCUUUAGUGGUCACAACUGAGAAGAGAGCUCGGCCCCAACCCUCAAGCCGCCCGACUGUACCUCAAGAGGAAGUGCAGGCUCGUCAGGUGUUGUUGUCAUGGGAACCAGGCAGCGACGGCCUGUCCCCCAUUCGAUACUACACAGUUCAGUAUAAAGAGCUGCCAGACGGCAAUUGGACGGUCCACUCUGCAUCCGUCAGCCACGAGUCACACUCCUACAUGGUGGACAGGUUGAAGCCCUUUACUUCUUAUCAGUUCAGAGUUAAAGCAACUAAUGAUAUUGGAGACAGCGAAUAUAGUGAGGAAAGUGAGGCCAUCACUACACUGCAGGAUGCUCCAGACAAAGCGCCAACAGUACUGUCUGUCACUCCUCACACCACCACGUCUGUGCUGAUGCGUUGGCAGCUUCCCUCUGAGGAGCACAUUAAUGGAGUCUUGUUGGGAUUCAGAGUCAGAUACCGGGAGUUACACUAUGACAGGCUGCGCAGUUUCAGCGUGCGCACAGUCAACAGUCCGGCUGCAAACUGGGCCGAUCUUUCAGCUCCUUACAGCAUCCGAAACUUGAGUGAAUCCACCCUGACUCAGUACGAAUUAGACAAUUUGAGUAAACACAAGCGAUACGAGAUCCGCCUAAGUGUGUACAACGCUGUGGGGGAGGGCCCUAGCAGUGCACCACAGGAGGUGUUUGUUGGGGAGGCUGUCCCAACAGCUCCUCCUCAAAAUGUGGUGGUGCAGUCUUCAACAGCCACUCAGCUGGAUGUCACAUGGGACCCACCUCCUCUAGAUGCUCAGAAUGGAGACAUACAGGGUUAUAAGAUCUAUUUCUGGGAAUUUCAGCUCCAGAAUGAGACGGAGCGCCUGCGUACUCUCUUCUUGCCAGAGCUCGGGGUGAAGCUUAAAAACCUGACUGGCUACACCACCUACAUGAUCAGUGUGGCAGCUUUCAAUGCUGCAGGGGAUGGGCCCCGUUCCCUGCCCACCAGAGGGCGCACUCAGCAAGCAGCGCCAAGUGCUCCGAGCUACAUCCACUUCAGUGAGCUCACCACCACGUCGGUCAAUGUGUCCUGGGGAGAGCCCAAACAGGCCAAUGGCAUCAUCGAAGGCUACCGGCUGGUUUACGAGCCCUGCACUCCAGUAGAUGAAUCCUCUCCUCGCACUCCAGGUGUCAGUAAGAUAGUGACUGUAGAUGUGAAGGGCAGCUCUCCUCUGUGGAUGAAGAUCAAAGACCUGGCGGAUGGUGUCACCUACAACUUUCGCAUUAGAGCUAAAACGCUCACUUACGGACCUGAGGUGGAGGCCAACAUCACCACCGGGCCUGGAGAAGGAGCCCCAGGCCCACCAGGAGAGCCCUUUAUUUCUCGAUAUGGUGCUGCCCUUACGCUUCAUUGGACAAGUGGUGAUCAAGGCCGGGCACCCAUCACACGAUACGUCAUAGAGGCAAGACCUUCUGAUGAAGGAUUAUGGGAUAUUCUCAUCAAAGACAUUCCCAAAGAGGUGACAUCCUACACACUUAAUCUGGAUAUGCUACGUGAAGGAGUCACCUAUGACUUCAGAGUAAUUGCUGUCAACGAUUAUGGAUACGGUUCUCCAAGCGCCCCCUCUCCCUCUAUAUCAGUUGCUGUCUUUUCAGCUCAAAAGGUGUCCCCAUUCUAUGAGGAGUGGUGGUUCUUGGUUGUUAUUGCCCUGGUUGGCCUCAUCUUCAUCCUUCUUCUGGUUUUCAUUCUCAUCAUCCGAGGCCAGAGUAAAAAGUACACCAAGAAAACAGACGCAGUGUCAUCCUCAUACCCGUGGUCAGGUAACAGCUCCAACUGCACGGCACUGCCUUUGACCCAUGGGGAGAUGGUGCGUCUGGAUGAAGGUCGCUUCCCAGCCUUGGAGCUCAACAACAGACGGCUUUCUGUUAAAAACUCCUUCUGCCGUAAAAACGGCAUCUAUACACGGUCUCCUCCGAGACCCAGCCCCGGAAGUUUGCAUUACUCAGAUGAAGAUGUCAGCACCAAGUAUAACGACCUGAUCCCUGCAGAAAGCAGCAGUCUGACUGAAAAACCCUCAGAGAUAUCUGACUCUCAGGGCAGCGACAGCGAAUAUGAGAUGGAUCAAAGUCGGCAGAAGACCCACUCCUUUGUCAACCACUACAUCAGUGACCCCACCUAUUACAACUCCUGGCGGAGGCAGCAGAAGGGCGUCUCUCGACCGCCUGCAUAUGGCUACUCCCAGCCCGAGCCCCUGGUGGAGCAGGAGUCCAGACAGCACCCACCACCCGUACCCCCUCUGCCCCCUCUCCUCCCACAGAGCGCCCCAUCUCCACAGCCCCAAGGCCAAGGCCAGGGCACUCUGUUCAGGCCUAAAGGAAGCCGGACUCCUACCCCCUCCCUGCUGUCCUCUGACCCCCCCAGCCAGCACAGCAGCCUCUAUCGGCCCCCCAGCAGCCUGGGCUGUGCCGCUCAGGCACCUACCGCGGGCUUCUCCUCCUUUGUUUGACACACAUCUCUCUUUCCAAUAACAGCUGGACCGUGAGAGCAAGUCUUUAGUUCUGUUGUUGGAUGAUUUGUAUUUGCUCUUCUUUUUUUUUUUUAUAAAUUAUUAUUUUUUGUUUCUGUCUUACCGACAGAGUUAUGGCUGAAUAUUUAGCAUUUGCUGGCAUCAUAAAUAGCGCUUUCUCCUCUGUGAAGAGUGUACAUGUAUGACUGUGUUUAGCGCAUAUGGUUGAUCAAUCUAUGUACUAUUUUAUGGAAAGACAAUCAUUUGGAAAAAAAAAGUUUCUUGUGGUGAUGCUGCGAACAAUUUUUGGAAGGAUCAACCAUGUAAACAAGGACGAACGAAAAGUUUAAAAAAAAAGAAAACUCUUUUGUUCAUCAUAAGAGCUUUAUGAAAAAAGAAAAAAAAACACUUUAGAUCAAACGACGAACUGAAAGUCAGGAACGGACUCUGAUUUAAAGAGGCGCCAGCGUUCUGGGCUGCUUUCAACUUUCCCACUCUGCCUACUCAUUGUUGGAGCUGCAGUAUGUGUUUACUAUAUGUACCUGUCUCAUAUUGUUUACCAGAUAUUUAUAUCAGUCAGCUUCAAGCUCAACAUUUUCCAGAGAUCACUAGUGAAGAUGUUAUGAAUCACAUUAAACCACCUUUAUAGUAUUCUGAGAAUGUUGAUUUUUGUGCUUGUGCUCAUGUCAGUAAAUAUGCAAAUUUCAUUAGCAGCAUGUCUUUGCUUUAAUUUCAUUCAAAUGAUGGACCAAAUGCACAAUUUUUCUUUGAUGAAAUGCUGUGUGCUCACCUUAAAACCACAAAAAUGUUGGGAAUUGAUGUUCAAGGCAUACAAAGAAAGCUUUGUUAGGUCAUUGCACAGGACUUGUGAACUUUUAAAAGAUGAUUUUAGCAACAAAAACCAAAAGAAAAGCUGUACUAUUUUUAGUUUUUUUUUUUCUAUGUCUAAGUUUAUCUACUUUUAACAAACAGUGGAAUAAGUUCUCUGUGUUAACUCAUCACCAAGGAUUGUCAUAUGUGUCUGUGUUCGGCGUGUUGAUUUGCAACAAUUAUUUAUUUCAUUUUGAAAGUGUUGUUUGUGCUUGAAGGGAAAAUCAAUCAUGCAGUAUUUCAUGUUUUUACAACAAGAGUGAGCAUCAUGUUUAUUUACAGAAGCUGAAUGAGACCAAUGCUGGAGAGGACCUACAAGAUAAUAGACAAAAAAACGUCAAAGUAUAUAAUAAAUGUAAACAUGUAUACACUUUACAAUAAAGGAAACAGUUUGGACCUUUUCACAGCAGCUCCCCAAAAAUAUAUUAUUAAUUUCCAAUAAGUCUUUGUUUCUCAUUAGAACAUUUCAGAAAAAUAUUUGAGGGAAUUAGUGGUAAAAAUUUUUAGAAAAUCCAUAAUCUGAAGUCUGAAAGAAUUAUAAGAGCAUCGCAAAAUUUGAAUGAACAAAGGUCUUAUAAAAAAUAAAACCCAUAUCAGGCAGGCUAUGGUUUGACAGAACAAUCCUCCGUAGACCUUUUUUGCUUGGUCGAGCAAUAUGCAUUUCUGACACUUGAUCCCAGACUGCAGGGAUGACCUGGUUUUCCUAGCUUUUGGAAUUUAAAAAAAGCCUGAUCUGACGCAUGCAUGCUGAAAAUCAGUUGAGUGUUGGGCAGGUGCAGAGAUAAUCUCCUUAUCUCAGGCCAGAAAACAUUGAUUUUAGUCAAAGCAAAGAGGAACCAUGCUGAUUGUGUUAAGAUGAAGGCAGACGGCUCAAGGAAAAAGGGUGCAAUCCUGCAAAUGGAAUGUCUUUAUUUAGGCACUAAUGAAUGUUGAAAGACGAAGAAUGAAUGAAGAAGUUGGUGAAUUCCCAAAAUGAUCAUGAUGUUUAGAUUGAAGCAAACACUGGGACUUCUCACUAACAAGAUUUAUUUCAGUGAUUUAAAGGUUCUCUUCUUUUUGUAAAGUAUCUGUGCUACAUUGCUACAACCCACAAACUCUACAAGCUGAAUUUUUACAACUAAGUAUAACAUUUGCUUUAUGGGAAUUGUAAUAAUUGUAUGAUAUUUUUUCACUGUCAGUUACAGUUUGUUUUCUCUGUAAGCCUCAGUUUUUUGUUGCAGUUUUUGGGAAACAUGAAGAUCUUCAGCUAAUUCACAUGCAAACACAGAGAAAUAGAGGCAGCUUCACAUCAACAAAUCUGUAACACUUUUACAUCUCAGUUCAGCAUCUUCUUCUCAUGGGAUUGAUUUAACAUGUCCUCAUUCUGACUGUCUGUUUUUUUCCUCUUCUUUUUUUUCUUUAGAACACAUCAGAGAACAUUUGCAGUGCAGCUAACUCGUCUUGACUGGUGACUCUAAAAUUAGGGCACAACAGUGAUGCAUGAGACAUACAGAAAUCUAAAAAUGGCACUUUUAAAACAUUUUAUUGCAGAAAUAUGUUUGCCUGAAUAUAUAACUUCAUGGUAUUAUGCUGAUAAAUUAUCUAACCGCAGAAGCAUAGUGAAGACAGAGAAGAUAAACAAAUGUGCUCUUUUGUCCAAUGCUGCCCAGUAAUGAAGAGGGAAAAACAUGAUUUUCUGUAAAAAGAAAGCUUUGAGAACAUCAAACAGAAAAACUAACAAGUAUGUGAAAUAAUUGGCAGCUAAUUAAAACAUUUGUGAAGUUUCAGAAAAGUUAGGCAACUAUAAAGCAAAUUAAAUUACUUUAAAAAACAAGCUUAUCGAAGAGGUUUCAAGUUUGGAAUCUGUGUGAUUUUUAUAUUACCAGAAAAAGUUGUUCCUUCAGUAUUUUUUGUACUUUACAUUCCCACAAACAAUGUUGUCUAAUAUUGUUAUUUUUACCAUAAAGUUCAUAUGUUCAGAUUGCAUAACAGAGUGGGGCCAGGAUCUGCAAUUUCCUGCUUCUUACAAUUUUAAUAACAAUUGUAUGGGAAGACAGAUCAUGAUCCUCCAAGAACAUUCAAUAUUACUUUGGACUGUAUGUCAGCUCCUUGAGAAAAGGGUUGUGCAUUUAGGGUACGGGAAUGUCAAAAAGAAGAUUUUGAAAGUAUCUAGAGCCUGAACAAAAGGCCACUGCAGUCAAAUUCUCAUCAUGAAGAGAAAUAUUCUCCCAUCAGCUGGUGGAACGGAGAAUCCGGGAACAACGCCAGAGGGAGGAAAUGACUUGUGAGUUCCUUGUCAAGCAGUUCAUGGAAAAGCAGAGGGGUUGAGGAACCAUGUGGAUUGAAAGGAGUUGCAUGACAAAAAAAAAAAAAA